CAACUAAUGAUUUUUCAGAAGUAGAUAAGAUAGCCCCUGAAAGAGACAGUUUGAGAGUACUCACAAAGGCUGAUAGUACCACAUUUGAAGUCCAAAGAAAAGCCAUUCUUGAAGACAGCCGUAGAGGCAGAAGAUGAAAAGAAAACUUAUAUAGACUCUAGAGAUCGCUACAGAGAAAGCUUUGUCUGCACAAGAUGCAGAAAAAAUAUGCAGUUUUUUAAAAAUGUCAUUGAAUAAAUUUAUGCAUCAGAGGAACCGAUACAAAAAUAAAAAACCAAGUUUCCUGGAUUUGGCACUCAAGUAUCCAGAAUUCAGAGCCCAUACGACACAGGACGAAAGUGGAAAGGUGUUUCUGGAUUUCAAAAAUGCCGAAGCACUCAGAGCUUUGACAACCUGUUUGCUCAAAGAAGAUUUUGGUUUAUCCAUGGAGCUGCCUUCAGACAGAUUAGUUCCCACGCUCCCUCUGCGUCUAAAUUACAUCCACUGGCUAGAAGACAUAGUCGGCAAGGAGGAAAAUAAAUGGGGCAUUGAUAUUGGAACUGGCGCAAGCUGUAUCUAUCCAGUUUUAGCUGCUAGCAUGAAUAAAUGGCAUUUUCUGGCUACUGAGGCUGAUGAUGAAAAUUUUGUUUAUGCUAACAAAAAUGUCAGUGCCAAUAACCUUCAAGACUACAUCAAUGUGUUGCAAGUAACAUCAGAGGAUAUACUUGUGGCUCCACUCCAGUCUUUUACCCAGACUAACAAGUUUGACUUCUGCAUGUGCAACCCGCCAUUCUUUGCCGAUCACUUGGAGGCUCAAGCCAUCACCAACACGAGGUCGGCUCAGCGCCCUGAAGCAGGUUCAGUCUCCACCGCCAGCCCUCAAGAGUGCAUUGCUCAGGGUGGGGAAGUGGGAUUCAUCCGCCAUAUGAUUGAGGAGUCGACUGUACUUAGGGAUAAGAUAAGAGUGUAUACUAGUAUGGUUGGUAAAAAGUCAAGUCUCCAACACCUAAAGGAAGACCUCAAACAUCACAAGGUUGCCAAGUAUUCCACCACAGAGUUCUGUCAAGGCAAGACAAUGAGGUGGGGAAUAGCUUGGACUUAUGACCCCACUGUACAUUUUCCUAAAUCUUCAUUUGAAGCAAGGAAAGAGAAACCUCCAUUACAGUACAUUAUACCGAGAGGGGCUGGAGGGGUGGACUAUAAAGUCCACGAGAUAGCUGCCUACCUACAGAGUUUAUUGGAAUCUAUUAAGUUCCACUGUUACCAAGGUAAAAAGGCUAAGUCUUAUACCAGCAUUACUCUAACAGCAGUGGAAAAUACAUGGUGUCAUCAGAGACGCUUUAGAAGGCAACAGAAACAACAGUUAAUGUCUCUUCAGACUUACGCAGUCAAACCUAUCAACUCAGAACCCAGUCCACAGAAAGCAGAGGUAAUAACGGCCGAGUCCAGUCCAAAGAAAGCAGAGGUAAUAACAGCCGAGUCCAGUCCAAAGAAAGCAGAGGUAAUAACGGCCGAGUCCAGUCCAAAGAAAGCAGAGGUAAUAACGGCCGAGUCAAGUCCACAGAAAGCAGAGAUAAUGUCCGAGUCCAUUCCACUGAUUGUUGAGAACAGAUCUGCUGAGUCCAAUCAUUCCCAAGUCACACAGAAGAGAGUGCUGGAAACUGCAGAUGAGCACAUAACAAGUGAACCUAAAAGAUCGAGAUCUGAUAGUGUCAGUGACAAUGCGACAAGUGCCUGUGUCAAUGGGAGCGCCAAGAUCAACACAACCAACUUCUCACCGAGUAAAAAAAAUGAUUCUAAUGAACCUGAGAGUCAGGAGCUCAACAAAUCACUUACAGACAGUUCGCCCACGGAAUACAUCUUAAAGUGUGUCUUGAGGCUGAAGCUGGUUGAUGAACAAGUACAGUUAGAAUUGGAAUGGUUAGGGGGCGAGUCUAGAGAACUGAUGCACCAAGUUUUGACAUUCAUUAAGAAUAAGUUGACUGUACCAGUUGGUAAAUGUUGAUUAGUCCUGCUGGCCUGACAUGUUUCUGUUAUCUUUGAAAUUGUUAAAAAAAAUAUAUAUAAAUACAUAAUCUAAUAUAUAUAUAUAUAAUUGAAUGUAAGGCGUAUGUAUGUAUGUCCUGCAUAGAAAUCAAAA